GGCGCCAGUAGCGCUUCGGGAGGGGGCCUGCUUGCACGGCCUGCGCUUCCACUGAGGCACUCGGAGCCCUACCCGUCCCGCGGCCUUCCUCCUCCUCCUCCUCCUCCUCCUCUAACCAUUCACUUACAUGCACAGACUUCAGCCGGCCUGAAGGAUUCAGUGCCCAGGGCGGAUUGGGCCCUGCUCUGUGUGAAAGACGGCGCCCGAAGUCCAGCAGAAAGCGCCAGCAAGGGGCUGAACCGGGAGUCUCGGGAGGAGGCUUCAGAGAGGACUCCUUUUCUAUCCACCCCCAUCGUUGCUGUCCACGAGCGGCCCGAGCAUGGAAGCAGUCGCCAAAUACGAUUUCAAAGCCACCGCAGACGAUGAGCUCAGCUUCAAACGGGGGGAUGUUCUUAAGGUUUUGAAUGAAGAAUGUGAUCAAAAUUGGUACAAGGCAGAACUCAAUGGGAAAGAUGGCUUCAUUCCCAAAAAUUAUAUUGAAAUGAAACCACAUCCGUUUGAUGGUUCAUACAAGGAAGGUUCUAACUGCUACAAGUAUAUACGGCAAUUCAGGUGGUUUUUUGGGAAGAUCCCUCGAGCAAGGGCUGAAGAGAUGCUGGGCAGACAGAGACAUGAUGGUGCCUUCCUCAUCAGGGAAAGUGAGAGUGCUCCUGGGGACUUCUCCCUUUCUGUCAAGUUUGGAAAUGAUGUGCAGCACUUCAAGGUGCUUCGAGACGGGGCUGGCAAGUACUUUCUCUGGGUGGUGAAGUUCAAUUCUCUGAACGAGUUGGUAGACUAUCACAGAUCGACCUCUGUCUCCAGGAAUCAGCAAAUAUUCCUCCGGGACAUUGAGCAGGUGCCUCAGCAACCCACGUACGUUCAGGCUCUUUUUGAUUUCGAUCCGCAAGAGGAAGGAGAGCUGGGCUUCCACCGUGGAGACUUUAUCCAGGUCCUUGACAAUUCUGACCCCAACUGGUGGAAGGGAGCCUGCCACGGACAAACAGGCAUGUUUCCACGCAACUACGUCACCCCAGUGAACCGGAACAUCUAAAGCAAAUUAUUAAAGAUUAUUUAAGGAAACGAGAAACAGUAAAGUACAUAUUCAGAACCUAACUGAAGCCAAUGAUCUCCAGUCAUCAGGGCAUAAAAUCUGAGUCACCUCUCUGCAUGAGGGGAAACACUUUUUCACUCAGUAUGGAACUUUGUGGGGAGGGGCAGGAGAAGGGUCCAACUCAUGCGCCAAAUCUUAUCUUUUAAAUUAAAUAGAUAUUAACAGAUUUUUUUUUCCCUGGUUGCUCCUGGGUGGCGCCAUUUGUUCACUCGUUCUGUCUCCCCCAACACUGACACAGUUCAUCAGUGCAUGAAGUUUUAAUGCUAUAUGAAGUCCAUGCUAUGCCAUUCAGCGAAGAAGGGGAAACUCUGCUAGUGUUGUCUGUUUUUGCUUCACGAAGGAGAGAGGAACCAAAUCCACUACCCAGCCUUUUAAAAAACAAACCACACACACAGAGUCACACAUCCCAAUUCUGCUUUUGCCUUCAGUGUUUUGCCUGGGAAAGAGAGGGUCUUGAUUUUUUUCCUAGAUACUCUUCCAGCUGCAAUUCCAGAAGCUCCAGAAGAGAGGGAAGAUGGUGAGUGGCUUUAUACACACACACACACACACACACACACACACACACACACGUUGCAAGGCUGUUUUGAGAUAUUCUAGACUACAGCCAGAUCAUGCCAUCAAUCAUGACAGCUUUUAAUUUUUUUCUUAAGUGUGUGGUUGAGCACAUUCUUGUGUGUUUUUCCAUUAGUGCCUUUCCCUCAUUUCGUUAUUUUUUAAGUUAAAAGAACAGUCCAGUGCUUUUCAGAUUUUUUUUCCUGCUUUUGUGUAAAUAUCUUAGAGGUUGAUUGGGAGGAAGGUAGUUUUAUUAAUACAGAGACCUUCACAAACCAGAUGGAGCUUUAAAACUUGUAUAAUCAUCUGAUAUUCUUCAUUACCAGGUGGGGAAAGGCAUAUAAUGUUCUAUAUGCGGCAGGGUCAGAACCUGCAGCCAGAGGCCCUUGAGAAAAGGAAGAUUGUACUGUUCUGAAAAACAGAGCUUAUUGUAUGAAGCUACCAUAUGAUGGAAACUCAAUAUUCUGGAAUGUCCUGUGAAAUAUAAUUUUUCUUUUUCCAGUUAUUGCAGGGAAGCCUCACAUUGUGCUUAAUUAUACAAUAUGUUAGGAAUGUUUAAACAUGAUGCUUAGUGAUAAGCAGUUCAGUUUCCCUCUACAGCUGGCUAGGGCAUAAUUGCAAUCAGUGACCAGUUCCUAAAAAAGGGGGGGGGGGAGUUGGUAUCUUUGUAUUCCAGCAGUUCCCUACCUCCUUGUGCCAGUUCUAUCAUAGUUGGAGGAGUUAUGUUUCUUACUCCCAGUUCACAGCAGGCUGUGUGGGGGACUGUAUUUCAGCCCUAUAUCUCCCAAUAAUAGUAUUCUCUAUGGCCAUUCAUUGUAUUAUGAGUGGAUCUUGAUGAAGAUGGGAGAAAGCAAACUGCAGAGCUCUUUGUGCCAAUACUCACCUUAUUCCCUUUUGCUGAGCCACAUGGCUGAAAGUUUCAUCCUAACACAAAUCCCAGAGCCACCACAGAGAUCUCCUAUUCCUCCUAAAUGGAGAUACUCCUGUGUUGGCGGGUGCCUUUUUUAUACUAAGUGUUAUUCCUGAGAUGGACUCUGCCUUACACUUCAGUUUCUCCAACAGAUGAAAGAGAGAGCUACCCUAUAGAGUGUUAGUUUGCCCCCCUUUCCUUGCUAGCUGUCUCUCUCUCUCUCCCUCUCCCCCCCCCCUUUCUAAAAUGAUUGGAAAAGGAAUCUGUGGCAUUCUACACUUGGACCAUUUGAUUGUUUUCUUAUUUUGGAAUUGGUGUAUAUCAUGCAGCCUUGCAGACAUAAUGUCUUGUGUGUGUAUAUAUAUAUAUUAAAAAAAAUCGGUGUUUAAAUAAGGCCUAUGUACUUAAUCCUUUAACUCUGCAGCAGCAUUUGGUAGAUAGUAAUUAACUGUGAAUAAUAAAUAUACAGUGAAUUCUUCACUUGAA